CGUCAGCUAGAAGUUAUAUAUGAAUGUAAAUGUGAAUAGAAAACAGAUAAUGUUGAUAUUUUAGAUUGUUCACAUAUUGUUAAUUAAAUGUUAAAGAAAAGUCUUUGAAAAGAAAAUAUUGAUUUUAAACCAUUUUUUAACGAAGCAGUAAAAUGAAUGGUUCUUUAUUUACUAUUUUAUUGCUCGCCGGAUUCUGCGCUGGACAAUUAUUGGAUGUUGAUCCUGCUGUUAAUUUGGAUACGCCUGGACUGAUAAGACAAGCUGGAUAUCCGGCCGAGGCACAUGUUGCAGAGACGGAAGAUGGUUUUUUAUUAACAAUGCAUCGUAUUCCUGGACCUGAAGGAUCAACCCCUGUGUUUGUACAACACGGUUUGCUGGGCAGUUCUGCUGAUUGGGUUAUCACUGGAAGGGGCAAAGCCCUCGGUUUUAUCCUUGCGGAUUUAGGAUAUGAUGUCUGGAUGGGAAAUAUGCGUGGAAAUACUUAUUCCAGAUCCCACAAAACUAUUCCCGUAACAGAUUCAAGAUUUUGGGACUUUAGUUUUCACGAGGUGGGCCUUUACGAUUUGCCAGCGAUGAUAUCUUACGUAACAAAAAAGAAAAAUCAGAGUUUGAUAUAUAUUGGUCAUUCAAUGGGUACAACUGCAUUUUACGUAAUGGCUACACAAAGACCUGACAUGAAUUCAAAUGUACGAGUAAUGUUCAGCCUCGCUCCAGUUGCUUUUAUGAGACACAUAAAAAGUCCAAUUAGGAUCCUGGCACCUCUUGCAAAUGAAAUUGAGCUGAUAGCGCAAUUUCUUGGAAAGAACGAAUUUCUUCCUCAAAAUAGAGUUUUAAGAUUGCUCGCGAAAUUCGGAUGCGACCUUGACACUCUCGAAGAAGAAAUAUGUACUAAUGCAAUGUUUGUUAUAUUUGGAUUUGAUGCGGGUGAAUUUAAUAUGACUCUCUUGCCAGUGAUUUUAGCCCACACACCUGCUGGAACCUCGACUAAAUCGCUAACUCAUUUUGCCCAAGAGGUGAUUUCUGAUAGAUUCCGACCUUAUGAUUAUGGAAUGUUAAGAAAUAUAAGAAUUUAUAAUAGCACUGUGCCUCCAGAUUACGAUUUAUCGAAGAUCGAAAUUCCCAUCGCACUUUUUUAUGGUGACAAUGAUUGGUUGGCCAGUACAGCGGACGUGGAUAGAUUGUACCAGCAACUGCCUAAGGCUUUAGGCAAAUUCAGAAUCGAUUAUCCAAAAUUCAAUCAUCUCGAUUUUAUGUGGGCUAUCGACGCCCCGAAACUUGUAUACAAAAAAAUGAUUUCCAUGAUGGAAAAGUUCAAAAAGUAAUGUAAAAGGAGACUGAUAGAAAAACCACUAUGCCUACAUUUUAAUACUUUAUAAAAGUUUUUAAUAGAUUAGAAAUAAAGCAAAAUAUUUGUAAAAAUUUGGCGAAAUAUUUUUUUUUU